AUGGCCAGCAAGGAUGGUGGGCAGGCAUUCGCCCCGGUCCUAGCGGCCGUCGCGACAAUGCAAGGCAACGUAUCCAGGGCCGAGAAGACCCAAGCCCAUGAAUUCCUCGAGAAAUUCCAAAAAUCGAUCGAGGCAUGGGAAACCACGCAUUCGCUAUUACAGUCACCCGAGGUGCCAAUCGAAGCCAAAUUGUUCGCCGCGACCACAUUGAAGGGAAAAAUUGUCUUCGAUUUGGACCAACUCAACCCAGAGUCCGUUUUAGCCCUCCGGGAUUCCGUCCUUGGCCUCCUCGUGGCCUUUGCCUCCGGUCCGCGACCUAUCCAGACUCAGCUAUGUGUGUGCUUGGCCAGUCUGGCGAUCCAGAUGACCGCUUGGAAAGAUGUUCUCGCCACCGUGGGAUCCGCAUUGGGCAGCAGUGCGGGGGAUUGUGUUUUGGAGUUCUUGAAGAUUCUCCCUGAGGAGGUUACAGAAGGCCGCAAAAUCAACCUCAGCGAGGAUGAACUCCUGUCGCGAACGAAGGAGCUACUGGAGGAUAAUGCGGAGCAGGUGAUGCAGGUGAUGAUUCAAUAUUCUCAGUCUUCGCCUUCCGCUGCAACCAACCCGCGUCUUCUGGACUGCAUUACCUCGUGGCUUCGCGAAAUUCCCCCCGCCCGGGUCGUCGAGUCACCUCUAAUGGAUGUAAUCAUGAAGGCGCUGGACAAUGACGUUUCCUUCGAUGCUGGUGUUGACUGCAUGUGUACCCUCUUCCGCGAUACCAAAGACGUCGACGAAUCUCUCUCCAUAAUCCAAGCCCUCUACCCCCGAUUGAUGUCUCUCCGGCCUAAGAUCCUUGAAACCGCCGAAGCAGAAGACUUGGAGGCGUUCAAAGGCAUUACCAGAAUGUUCUCAGAGGCUGGUGAAGCCUGGGCCGUUCUUAUCGCUCGCCUACCGGCCGAAUUCCGCGGCCUCGUUGAGGCCGUUCUGGAGUGCUGCGCGCGCGACUGGGAGCGGGACGCCGUUUCUCUCACUUUCAUCUUUUGGUACGAGCUGAAGCAGUACAUCACCAUCGACCGAUACGCCGAUUCUCGAGUUAACUUCCAGGAUAUCUUCUCCCAGCUGGUGGAUAUCAUGGUUAAGCAUUUGGAAUUCCCUAGCCCCGAGGAUGGCGAAACCGACCUCUUCGGUGGUGACCGAGAGCAGGAGGAAAAGUUCCGACAGUUCCGACACUCCAUGGGUGAUGUCUUGAAGGACUGCUGUUCUGUCGUUGGCGUGACCGAUUGCCUCGGCAAGAUCUAUCAGCUGAUCCAGCAAUGGGUUGGCAAGUACGCGGCACAGGCUAGUAACGAGCACGUUCCACACUGGCAGGAGUUGGAGGCCCCUCUCUUUGGACUGCGUGCCAUGGGCCGCAUGGUUGACCCCGAGGAAAGUACCGUGCUGGGUCAAUUGGUCAGCUUGAUUGUCCAGAUCCCUGACCAAGAGAAGGUCCGGUUCCAAGCAAUUAUGGCUCUCGCUCGCUACACCGAGUGGACCGCUCUUCACCCAGAAACCCUUGAAGCGCAGCUCAACUAUGUAAUUUCCGCCUUCCAACACCCCUCUCCGGAGGUCAUUCAGGCGGCUGCUCUUGCGUUCAAGUUCCUCGGAACUGAUUGCCAAAAGCUGCUCGGUGGCCAUAUUGAACACCUCCAUUCAUUCUUCUUGUCUGUGCUUGACAAGCUGAAGCCCACCAGCCAAGAGGAAGUGACAGAGGGUGUUGCAGCCGUAGUGUCCGUGCAACCCCUGGACAAGAUUUAUGACUCUUUCAAAAUGUUCUGUGACCCGAUCAUGCAACGAAUUAUGAGCCUCGCCAACAACGCCCAAGAUGAAGAAGGUCAGCGAGCGGUUGCCGACCAUUUGCAAUUGAUCACAAUCUUCAUUCAAGUGGUGACCCCCAUCGUUGCACCCGGCGAGGAAAACCCUGCCGUUAAGUACUGCGGCGAAAUCUUGCCUAUCAUGGCCACGAUCGUUAUGAAUUUCACGUCUUCUACCCCCAUUCUGGAGCGCGUCUGCCGGUGCUGGCGCUACAUGAUUAUUUCCUACCGGACCGCUAUGAUUCCCCUUCUUCCCACUCUCGCUCAAAGCAUUGCCAGUGGUUUUGAGGCAUCCCGAGAGGGUUGCUUCUUGUGGGCCACUGACGCAGUGGUUCGCGAAUUCUCUGAGGGUGCUGAGUACGUGGAUCAGGCGACUAGCGAUGCUGUCUACCAGUUCUAUGAGCAGCAAGCCAUUUCAUUCCUACGGAUCUUGAAUGAUCUGCCCCCGGAGAAUCUUCCCGAUGUCAUCGAGGAUUUCUUCCGGCUGUCUUCUGACGCCGUCCGCUACUACCCUAAGAAAUGUAUUACCUCAUCUCUAGCCAUUCCUAUCUUCUCCGCCGCACUUAGUGCUCUCACCCUCCAACAAGUCGAUCCCCUUAUUGCUACCCUCCACUACUACCGCGACUUGUUCAGCUUCGCAUUCGACAAGCCCACCGUCUCCGAGUUUACCAGCCCCGAGGGCACACCCUACAGCAAUCCUCCCGAGGUUCGUGAGGCCGUCAGGGCUCUUCUUCUGUCGCAGGGCCAGCUUCUAUUCCAGCGUGUUCUAACAGGCAUGAUGUUCAUCUUCCCUGGUGACUGUUUCCCUGAUGCAUCGGGUGUGAUGAUGACCCUCUUUGAGGUGCUACCUCAUGAGACUGGCGCCUGGUUAGAGAGCACCCUGCAGAUGCUGCCCCCUGGGUCCAUGAAGCCAGUCGAGGCCGAGCGACUGCUCAAGGGCAUUGCUGAGAAGGUCCAGUCUGGUGAAACGCGGAAGAUCCGCGUUUUACUUCAAGAUUUCACCAACUCCUACCGCCGCCGCAACGUGGCCCCCCGCGAUGGCCUCGGCCGCCUGGAAGCGACACGAUUCCGAUUCAGCGGAUGA